ACCAGUCAAGUCCUUGAAGAGUGCUAUCUCAUGUCUCCCCUCCGUCUUCUCUUCUCCAGGCUAAACUCCUCCUCUGUGUCCAGGAGACGAGGCCUCUUUAGCCAACUGAGCUGCUUCACCACGUAUAAUAACAGCCUUGGGGAAAGUUACAGGAGCAAUCUUGUCUUAUGCCAUGGCGCGGCCAUUGAACAUGGACACGUUGCAGCAGAACUUCUGGAAGGAGGAGUACCUGAAAGAGAUCAUGCUGCGCUUUGGUUGGCACCAGAAGUACGGGGCCCUGGUCAAGGCCAAGCAGGAGAGCCGGCGGGAACGCCGCAAGAAGGCCGUGGACACCACCCUCCGGCUCCCCUCCGUCCAGGCCCCGCUGCCCGUCAAGCCCAGCUCUCCUCCCAAGCCCCCGGCCCCCAUGAGGCCGCCCCGGGAGCGCGACCUGACCGGGCUGGACGCCAUGAUCCUGGAGGCCGAGAUGAAGCCGGCGCCGCGGGAGGUGCGGGCCCUCUUGUACCAGGGCAUCUCCCACGAGGAUGAAGGCCGCUACCGCUACCUGAAGACGCGCCUCCUCACGCAGCCGGAGGACAAGUACACCUUUCCCAUCACCACCAACUUCAACUACGGCUGGCAGAUGGGGAAGAUGGCCACCGUCCACACUGCUCCCACGCCCAAGACACGCAUCGAGAGCUUCUUCCGCAAGAAUGGGGCCUUCUCCCUGCUGAAUCCACGAGACGUGGCCCUUUGAGCGAGGUGCGCUCUGCAAAUAAAACCCAA